AUGCCACAGGGGCUGGAUAUGCGUCUAGUACAGGGGGAGUCGAAGACUCUGCUUCUCCCGCUGGCUAACCUACUUGUAGGUGAAAGGAAAGCCGAGUGCGUCAGUCUUUCUUGCCAGUACAAAGCCUCUACCAGUCCAAGACUUUUACAGUGCCUCCAAGCGGCUGCACACGCCUGGGACUACAGCGACCCCGCUUCCUGGAACUCGACUUACAGUAACUGUGGGGGGACAAGUCAGUCCCCCAUCGCCCUGACAGAAUCCUCCAUGACCCCUGCAUCGUUCGAGCCCUUUUCUGUGACAGGGGACAAUGUUACGCUGACAGAGACGCUCAGCAAUAACGGGCACUCAGCCGUGGUGGCCAUCUCUCAGACAAUAACGGUGACUGGAGGGGGCUUGGGAGGCACGUUUAAAGUGGCACAGUUUCACUUUCACUGGGGGAACGAUUCCACUACAGGCUCAGAACACACCCUCAACGGUCAGCAGUAUCCCAUGGAGCUUCACAUCGUGACGUACAACUCGUCCUACGCCGACCUGAAUACGGCGCUGCCUCAGUCUGACGGCUUGGCGGUGCUGGGAUUCUUCUUUCAAAUCUCCAGUUCUGACAACCCGAACUUCGCUCCAAUAGUCAGCGGUCUCAGCAGUAUCGCGGCAAAAGAUGCGACACAUUCCAUUACCGGUUUCAUGCUGAAGGACCUGAUGACAGCUAGUAUGUCCAAGUUCUAUCGAUAUAAAGGGAGUUUGACCACGCCCACUUGUGACGAAAGUGUCACGUGGACAGUGUUUGCAGAAGCUUUAUCCAUAUCAGAAACACAGCUGGCCACCUUCCGCACAUUGUAUGAAGACUCCGGCUCUACCAUACAAAUGGUCGACAACUACCGACCAACGCUGGCUCUCAACGGAAGAACCGUUAACGUGUAUUCCAAUUCUGCACAAACAAAUAUUAUCGGGCUCGUCCUCCUCACAUCCGUCCAACUUUCACUAUACUUUUUAUCAAAAUAAGAUAUAAACGCAUCAUAUGAUACAAAAUUCUGCGAUUUACAAUUUAUUUUCAAUGCUUCACAUAUUUUUCAACAUUAAAGCACAAGCAUAUAUUAUUGUAGUAUAAUUUCAUAUUUUCUUUCGCUAAUGCAUGAAUUGUGCGUACAUCAAAUGAAAAACUCGAAAUACAAAUUUAUUUGGUGGUGAGCAAAUAUCACUUGAGAGGUAUGUAUGCCGUAUUAAACAAUUUCUUGUUCGAUGUUAUAAACCAGACCAAAAUUUUAUCAGUAUGAUAAACAAUGAAAAAUUAUACAAUUUCGACAAAUUAUAUAAGGGUAUUAAAAGAGUAUUACCUACUCAAUGUAAGGAGAAAACGACAAUUUUCUAAUGCAUAAUGGAGGACGUUUAUGGCGGAUGUGCACAUGCGCGUGAGAAAAAUAUGAUUAGAGAUACCAUGGGAGAUUUACAAUAUGCAGCCGUUAAACAUGAAAUUUACCCCCCCCCCCUCUCCAUUGCUCAAAGUGGUUCCCUCUACCCUGUUCCCGAUUGACUGUCUUCUAUCGCCAUGAUCGCUGAAUGUGUCCUGCCAACAGCAUGCAGGCCGUCCAAGCUUUCACGUCGCCAUGCCAUUCAAAUUCCGGGUGCAAUUUGCACAAAGUGUAUAACUUAAAUAGCUUGAUGUAAAACACAUAUUUCUUUAUUUUUUAUUCCUACGAUUAUAUCCAAAGAUUACGGCAUAUAUAUAGCUUUAAAAGUUAGAUAGUCGUGGUAAAAUCCCAGUCUCAGAGCACAUAGUCCCUAUCAUCGUCGGUUACCCACGGGUGCUUCUAAUCAAUUCUCAUUAUCCGUGGGAACAUGGGUCAAUCCUGUACAAAACAAACAGCUCAACAUGCAUGAACUUUAUGACCUUUUCUUAUGUUGUUAAAUGUCCUGUCUAAUACCGAUUAUCUCCUAGUAUACUCAUAUUCUUAAUGUUAUUAAUUAAUAAUCAUGCAUAUUAUGAAUGACUUUGUAUUUAUAUUAUUGCCAUGUAUAUAGCGGGAGGGCGGUUUAAGUUUUUAGAACUUGUGCUCGAUCCCUUUGUAAUUAUAUUACAAUAAAAUACGUUCAA